GGGCGAAGAGGGGACCGGCGCCAAGACCCUCGGCCACCUCCCGCUGCCCUCCGGCAGAUUCCUGGGGAGACAACCAGACCACGGGCCCCAGAGAUGGCUAAUGUGUAGAGAUGGCCCUUCGGUGCUGAGCAGGCACCUGACCCAUUAACUGUGUCCAAGAAGAAGAGAGCAAGAUCCAGGUCCGUGGCUUUGGGGAGGGGCUGCACGUGGCCCCCCGCCCCAGGGAUGGGAGCGGAGAGCAGCGCUCUGAAGAGCUGUGCGCUGAAGGGGCCCCCGGUCACACUACACUCAGGACUAGCUGUGUUCCCCGCCGAGCUGCAGGAUGGCAAAGUCGCAUCAGUGUUUGUGUACAAGAGAGAAAACGAAGACAAAGUCAACAAGGCCGCCAAGCACCUGAAGACACUCCGGCACCCCUGCUUGCUGAGAUUCUUAUCUUGCACGGUGGAGGCAGAUGGCAUUCAUCUGGUCACUGAGCGGGUGCAGCCUCUGGAAGAGGCCUUGGAAACGCUGUCCUCCGCUGAGGUCUGUGCCGGGAUCUACGACAUCCUGCUGGCUCUCAUCUUCCUUCACGACAGAGGCCACCUAACGCAUAACAACGUCUGCUUGUCCUCUGUGUUUGUGAGUGAAGAUGGGCACUGGAAGCUGGGAGGGAUGGAGACAGUCUGCCGAGUCCCCCAGGCCACCCCGGAGUUUCUGCGGAGCAUUCAGUCAGUGAGAGACCCGGCCUGUAUCCCUCCUGAAGAGACGUCUCCAGAAUUCACGACUCUGCCAGAGGUGCACGGGCACGCACGGGACGCCUACGCCUUUGGGAUGCUGGUGGAAAGGCUGCUCACGGACCGGAACGGACAGGCGGACGCUCUCCGCAGCUUCCGACAGGCCUUGCACUCAGCUCUGCUGAACCCCGUCCCCCAGCGGCGGCCAGCGCUCUGCACCUUACUGUCCCAUGACUUCUUCAGGAAUGAUUUUCUAGAAGUUGUGAAUUUCUUGAAAAGUUUAACUCUGAAGAGUGAAGAGGAAAAAGCGGAGUUCUUUAAGUUUCUGCUGGACAGAGUCAGCUGCUUGUCGGAGGAACUGAUAGCCUCACGGCUGGUGCCUCUGCUGCUCAAUCAGCUGGUGUUUGCGGAGCCGGUGGCUGUGAAGAGUUUCCUUCCUCAUCUGCUUGGCCCCAAAAAAGACGGUGGGCCCGGAGAGCCCCCUCGCCUGCUGUCCCCGGCCCUGUUCCGCUCGCGGGUGGUCCCCGUGCUGCUGCAGCUGUUCCAGGUGCACGAGGAGCACGUGCGCACGGUGCUGCUGGCUCACCUGGAGGCCUACGUGGAGCACUUCACCCCGGAGCAGCUGAGGACAGUCAUCCUGCCGCAGGUGUUACUGGGCCUGCGUGAUACCAGCAGCUCCAUUGUGGCAAUCACGCUUCACAGCCUGGCUGUGCUGGUCUCCCUACUUGGACCAGAGGUGGUUGUGGGAGGACAGAGAACCAAGGUCUUCAAACGCACUGCCCCAAGUUUUACAAAAGCUAUUGACCUUUCCCCAGAAGAUUCUCCCACGCACGUGGCCUGCAGCCAGCACAGGCAGCCCUCACCCGGCUUGGAGCACCCCUCUAGGGUAUUCCCUAAAGGGUUCCUUUCUGACGACAGGCCCAUCGGCAGCAAGAAGCACAAACAGCAAGAUUCCUACACCACUCUUUCCCAGACAGGUAGAAAUAGUGAUCGGUUUUCUCAGCCUAGGACAUUUUCCUUGAAUGGACUUUCAGACGUGAAAAAUACCUCAGGAGACAGUGAGAGCUUCCUGCCAAGCCCCCAGGCGUCUGAGGAGUGGCCCGACUGGAGCGAGCCUGGGGAGCCGGAAAGCAGAACUGUCAACACACAGGUGUGGCCCCCAGAGCCUGCCAGGCCCCCGCUCACAGCCUUGAAGGUGGUGGAGACGUGGGAUGACCGUAAGCACAGCAGCCUCGGCAAUGCAGUGAGCCCAGGAGGCGGGAUCACUGGUACCUCGGGGGAGCACAAGGCCAUUCCCACUUCUCUUCCGCUCACAGAGGAGGCCAAGCCUUUGGCAUCAAGCCAACCCCAAAAGACCAGUCCUAUCCCAGACCAGCCCCCGAAAGUAUCAUCACGAGAAAGGCACCCUAAGGUUCCAUCAGAACUUGGUUUAGGAGAGGAGUUCACCAUUCAAGUGAAAAAGAAGCUAGCACAGGACCCUGAGUUGGACUGGUUUGCUGACAUGAUCCCCGAAAUUAAGCCUUCGGGUGCUAUUCUUGUCCUACCUGAACUGAGGACAGAAACGGUGAUCCCCAACACGGAUGGUAUCUCGCCAGGGAUGCAGUUUUCCUCAAAAUUUGCUGCAGCAGAAAUGACUGAGGCGGAGUCUGACGGCUGGGGAGAUGCCGGGGAGCUGAACUGGGGAGACAGCAGCUGGUGACAAUGGCUGUGAGUUAAACUCUAGGAAAAAGGAUUCCUUUUUUAAAAAAAAUCAAAUACCUCAAAAGCUGGCUCUGCAGACAAGAAAACCCCAAAGCAUCCUGUUUCUCAUACCAGGAGCUUUUCCAGUCUGUGCCAAGGAAGCGAGACCUUGGGUGUGGCCCUCAGCUGGGGGAAGCCUGUGCCUCUAAGGCCAGGUCAUCUGGAAGUAAAGGAAAUAAAUACAAGACCUUCCAACUGA